AUUUUAAACAGCAGAAUGACUGCUCAGAAGUUUUCCCUUUUCUUUUGCAGUAUGAAUCAUUCUAAAAAUGACAUGCCAAUACUGCACGAAACAAUCGAGUGUGAAAAGGAUGUUUGCCGUUAGGAAAUGGUCGCAAUGGGUUUGCCCCAUUUAGCUAAAAUCAUAAUCUCAAAGUAUUCCUGAUGUCAACAUUUCAGACAGAGCGGAAUUAAUCUGCUCAAACAAAAUGAGAAGGAGGGAGAGAGAGAGCGAUGGAGAGGAGGGGGCAAUCGGCUACGAAACUAAUCGGAUUAUGAGACUACAGUUUAUCGAGCGCCUGUUUCUCUACGCGUUAGCUGGGUGAGUGUGUGUCUACUGUUUUCUGUCCUGAUGAGGAACGCAAUUUUCGUACGAAUGAUGACCUAACAAGAGUUGGCGGGACUCUCGGUUUACUUCGCGUCGGCAAGGGGGGAUUUUGACUGUUGAAUUUCACUUUGAAUCACAUGCAUUUCAUGUUCUCACUGCUCCGGACGUGAUGGAAAAUUUUUCUGCGUUUUAUAAAAUGAACAAAAACAAUCAACUUCUGACUUCGGAAGUAAGCUACAACCCGGUGUAGCCUAGGUUGGUAUUCCAAGGACAGCGCAGCGAUAUGAUUUGAUGUUAAUUUCUCACGGAACGUGGGAUGCUGGAGUUUAACUAUUAUCUGGGGAAUAUUCCUUAACAUCAAAACGAGUUGCCAAACCUUCACUGUCAUUCCAUUUCCAGGCUCUUUGCAAAGUUCAACUCAUACUCCGUGUUGAUGUUGGAAAAAACGUCCAAGUGCUCUUCGUCCCACAUCUACCUGUUCUUCCCCUCAGAGGAGGACAGCCACCUACGGGGUUAGAUGGUGCUGAUCACGGAUGAGAGAGACGGGGGUGGCUCCUCUACUACGGCCCGAGUCAAACAGCAGCAGCAGAACCCCAAAGGCGCCAGCGGCAUCGCCCAGGUCCAUCCGACCAUAACCAAGGAAUCGCUGUCCUUAUCAGACGAUGACUCAUACCUCGGGUCCUGUGAGUCAGAGGGGGAUGAUGACUACGAGGAAUACGACGAUUUCUCGUUAUUACCGGACACUAAAAGUAUCGCCUCGGACGACUCGUUCUACCCACCGGACGAUGUGUUCGCGGACAUCGAGCGGACCCCCUCUCCGCAGAGUCCCGAGCCGCUGACGUUCUUCCAGGCGUGCUGUACCAACAACGCCACGAUAGUCCGGAUCAUGAUCCGACAAGGUGUGAGGGAGGAGGAGGUGAGGGAGACGGAUAAAAACAACAGGACAGGGCUGAUGGUGGCGUGUUACCAGGGUUAUGUUGAUGUUGUCAUAGCGUUGGCUCAGUGUCCUCACCUGGAUAUCAACUGGCAGGACAAGGAGGGGAACACUGCCCUCAUCACCGCUGCACAGGCAGGUCACAUAAUGAUCAGUAACUACCUGUUGAACUACUUCCCUGGUCUGGACAUAGAGAGGAGGAACUGCCAUGGCUUCACUGCUCUGAUGAAGGCGGCUAUGCAGGGCAGGGUGGAGUGUGUACGAGCCCUGAUGCUAGCAGGAGCCGACAUGGAGACGAGAGACUUUGGUCGUAAGCUGACCUCCAGAGAGUGGGCGUUCUUCACGGGACGCUACGACACCGCCUGGGCUAUGACACGCCUCCACUCCCGACCCUGUCCUUAUCAACUGUGUGACGCAUACAGUCCAGAGUGGCCUCAGCUGGCUUCUCUAGUAUCUAAGGCCCGGGAGCCUCGAGGCUGUAUGCAGCGUAUAUCAGACACCAUACGGAACGCUCUGACAUUCGCUAACAUCACAGAGCCUGACGAUGAAGGAGUCUUAGAUCACCUAGUCGCCGUGACAACAGCCCUAGGGAGCCCCUUUGUGGCGGUAGCGUGUUCCACCGUGUGUCCGUCAAGCCCGCCCUGCGUGGGUAAACGUUGCUACUCCGUCCCAGAGAUCAUCCGACGCCAACGGGCCAAAGAACUGAAAACCCAGAACCCUGAGAGGCUCGACGACCACCGCAAACUCUUCCAGAACUCACGGGUCACUCUGGUGCCUAAACCUCCAAAGGACCGGCGGUCCAGCCUCCCGCCACAGAACAAAAGCCCCACCACGGCUAACCCUAACCUGGGUACGGUGUCUGGGGCUGGGGCCGUUUACUCUGUGGCCCUGCGUAGAGCUAGCCUGCUGCCCCUGGGUAUGGUGAGGCGUAGCAGUGUGCGGCCGGGGCUGUCCAUUCCCAAGGUGAGAAUCACUAAGGCCCCAACGCCGACCUAUGAACCUGAGAGAGUCCGCAGGAAGAGCAGCUUCAAAGACGGUGGGGGCAACUUCCUGCAGCUCCCAAAGUGGAGGUAUAAAGAACUGAAGGAGGAGAGGAAAAGAGCGGAGGAGGCGGAGAGGAGGAGGGUGGAGGCGGCCACGAGACGGCACAUGGCUGUCGGGAAGAGGAAAUGAUACCACAGGAGGAAGUGAUGUCACUCCACCCUUUCCUCCACUGUUGCCAGGUCAGUAGAUAGUGUUCAGAGUGGGUUGGAUACUUGAAAUGUUUGAUGUUAACUUAUUUUCGUAUUUAUUCGCUUUCUUUGGAGUAAAAGUGAAAGCACUUUAUUUUGUAAUGCAUUUAAUUCACAAAAUCAGCAGUAUUUUAAUAUGGUGAUUUCUGUAUUACCUGGCACAAACCCAUAUGACCUGACUGAGUACAGAUAAUGUUUCACUGAUAUAUCUGACGCAUCCCAAAUGGAAACUUAAUUGGCUAAAAUGAUGACAAAAUAAGCUUUGGGGAAGGGUUUGAAUGGGACAAAUAAAAAGGGUUACAAUAGCCUAUAAAACCACUGAGUAAGCCUACCAGCAUGUAAAACUGACUUACCGCCAAACCUAAACAUAUGAUAAGCUUUAUUUUACACUGCCUUCGGAAAGUAUUCAGACCCCUUGACUUUUUCCACAUUUUGUUACG